CUUUUGACUCAUGCAAUGAUGGAAAAGUCAUGCUAAACACAACCAGUGGUGAAUCUUACCUAAAAAUUCCUGAGUUCUCAAUCAGUGAUGAGGGAAUCUACCACUGUGAGUCAGUAUACAGUGGAGGAAGCAACUCUGCAAACAUUGAUGUAUCAGUUAUAGGUAAGAAACUGUUAGCAAAAUCAAACGUUUUUUAUUUGCAUUGAUCUGUAGCCUACAUUUUAGAAUGAUGUGUUGUAUGUCAUAUUUUUAUUCCAAGUUAGUGUAGCUUGUGUUGUGUAAAUUGGUGUAGGCCUAUACAGUAGGGCUGAUUCUUCCUGCCCACCUUCCCCAUGUGUGAACAGUAGCCCCUCCCACGGUGUCUGCCUGGCUUGAGUGGGAGGGCAGUAAGAGGGUGGCUGUGUGUUUGGCUAAAGGGGGGAAACCAGCUGCCUCCAUCUCCUGGAGGAGUACAUGGAACUCUACUUCAACUACCCCACAGAACAAAGAUGACUCCUUCAGAGUGGAGAGUCGGAUGGUCCUGCCAGAGGUCAUCACUACGGACAACCUGACCUGUGAUGUCAGACAUCCCUCCUGGGUAGAGAUGCAUAACGUGACACUACAGAUCACCGAAGGUAGAGACAGCUAUUGUGAACAUUUUUGGGGUAUAUAAAUGCCUAUUUAAAAUGCAGGUUGGGCGGAAGGAUACUGUAUGACUAAUACAUCACUCUUUUAGAAUAGGAGUGAACAUCAUAGCUUUUUUAGUCAGAAAUAUCAGAUUAUUAUUUUGAGGCAUUAUUGACAUUUACAUUUACAUCAUUUAGCAGACACUCUUAUCCAGAGCGACUUACAAAUAAUGAGGUAUGGGAGUUGGGAGGGAUAAAUAAUCACAAAUCUCAAACGUCUAUUACAGGACAUAGUUGCAUUGGCAUAUUAUUUCAAAUGAAUUCAUUGUGAAUUUCAUUGUGAAUAUGACAUAGAAGUUAAAUCUAGAUGAUUAUCAGAUUGAAUGUAAUUGAAAUACGAUGGGCUGAUAAUAGGUUUCUUAUGACUAUCAUUAUUGAUCAUUUUAUCUUCCUUUCAGGGGACUUCAUACACUUGCAACAAGUCAUCAUCUCUAUGGUAACCAUCAGUGUCAUUAUGGCUACUCUGGCUGGUUUAUACUUCACACGAAAACACCUCUGCAGAAUUUGGUAUGAAUAGGAAUUAUUCUGUUUUUUUGACAUCAUUAUUUUUUUUUUCAAUAUCAUUGCUUGUGUAAUAAAGAGCUUUAUCUGUGUAUUCACAGCCCCGCCAGACCAUCUGAGUCCAAGCCUUCUCAGGUAUGUAUAGUAUGCACCAUAUCCUGCAUUGUGUUACCUGUCAUAGUGCUGUAAGUCCUGUACGUUUUGCAUAGCUAGCAGUUUACUGAAACUAGUGAUGAUUCUCUGUGUUUCUCUCUGUCACAGGACUAUGUGGAGGAAGUAGAGCCCUAUGCCAGCUACGUGCAGCGUGUCAACUCCAUCUACAACUCCUCUGCAGACCUGUUCACAUAA